UUGUAUGAGCCGCUUUCGUCAACAAUGAGAGACACACAGAGAAAUGUGGAGUCAACAUUCCCUCGGGCUAUUUCUUGUCCAAUUUGCUCACUUGUUUUCACUGAGCCUGUGGUGCUGCAGUGUGGCCACAGCUUCUGUAGGACCUGGCAACCUCUCAGAAGUGCCCGCUUCGUGCCGGACAGCGAAUCUCUGAUCAAUUUUGCUCUGAGAAAUUUUAGUGGAAACUACAGAGAGUGAGUCGGGCUGAUCCAUCAGGAGAACACAGAAAUAAUUCAGAGUCAUAUCAGAACACUGAUCAGAUCAUGUAAGGAUGAAGGAGCUGAAAUGGACCAAAGCAGUGCUGCUGAUAAAAGAGAUGUCUCUCAAGUCCCCUCUAUUCAGGCUGAGGCUGAACAAUUGCUUUCCAGCAUCAAUGCUCAGGAUAGGAGCAAUGUGGUCGCUCCCGUCAUCACUGCUUCUACCAUUGGCAUCUUGAACAACACCAUCAACAUCACCUCACCGGGUCAGGGGUGUAUCUGCAAAGCACCAAACAAUGACACUGAAAACAGCCGUGAGGCUCUGCAACUCCAAAGCAAUAAAGUCGCUGAGUGUCAACAGAAACUGAAAGAUACACUGAAGAGGAAGUUCAGUCACCUGCUUGACAUGGUGACAACAGGGGCACACAGAACACCUCUCAAUAAAAUCUACACAGAGCUCUACAUCACUGAGGGAGGAAGUGCCGAAGUCAAUAAGGAACAUGAAGUGAGAAAGAUUGAGGCAGUGUCCCGGACACAUGUGGCCCAGGAUAAAUCAAUCCACUACAAUCAACUCUUUGUUCCUCUACCAGGACAAGCCGCACACAUAAGAACUGUGUUAACAAUGGGAGUUGCUGGCAUUGGAAAAACAGUAUCUGCCAAUAAAUUCACUCUAGACUGGGCUGAAGAGGAAGCAAACCACGACCUGGAAUUUGUAUUCCCUCUAAUUUUCCGAGAGCUGAAUCUGAUGAGAGAGAAAAAAUACAGUCUAGAGGAGCUUCUCAGUGUGUUUUUCCCUGAGACAAAACACACAAAAAUUUUCACUAGUGGGAACAACAAAAUGCUCUUCAUCCUGGAUGGUCUGGAUGAGAGCCGUCUGUCUUUGAACUUCCACAAAAAUGAAAUCGUGUCUGAUGUGACAGAGGAAACCACAAUUGCUGUGCUUGUGACCAACCUCAUCAGGGGAAAACUGCUUCCUUUGAGUCUCGUUUGGAUAACGUCUCGCCCAGUAGCUUCCAGUCAGAUCCCUGUGGAGUGCAUUGAUCGAGUGACUGAGGUUCGAGGGUUCAACAACCCGCAAAAAGACGAGUACUUCAGGAAGAAAAUUAGUGACGAGAUUUUAGCAGACAGGGUAAUCGCACAUGUGAAAUCCUGCAGGAGUCUUCACAUCAUGUGCCACAUACCAGUCUUCUGCUGGAUGGCGGCAACUGUUCUUGAGAAGAGGUUGGCAACGACAGGGAGUAAAAACACACCGAGGACUCUCACUGAAAUGUACAUACAGUUCUUGUCUUUGUGUGUGGAGACCAUGAGGAAGAGGUUGUCUGGAAUAGAUGACUCAAACACUGACUCCAUGAGAGCUGAGGUCAUCUCACUGGGUAAACUGGCCUUCAAGGAGCUGGAGGAGGGCAACUUGAUCUUCUAUGAAAGUGACCUCAACCAGAUUGGUAUAAAUGUCAAACAGGCAUCCGAGUUCUCAGGGGUCUACACACAGAUCUUCAAAGAGGACCUGACGCUGAACCAGAAGAUGUUUUGCUUUGUGCAUCUGAGCGUUCAGGAAUUCUUUGCAGCACUGUAUGUCUUCCUCACUUUCAACAACGACAACAUCAACGUCUUGGUAAAGCAGUCGUGUGCUUCGAGAUGUUUCCCAUUCAAACGCUCCUCAGAGCUCAAACUCCACAAAGCAGCAGUGGAAAAGGCUGUGCAGUGUGAAAAUGGUCAUUUUGACAUCUUUCUGCGCUUCCUUUUGGGCCUGUCUCUGGAGUCUAAUCAGACUCUCUUGAAACAUCUUAUGAUCUGCAACAGAACAAACCAAAAGACAAGAACAGCAAUCAUUAAAGACAUCAAGAAGAAGAUCAGGUCAAAUCUAUCCCCAGACAGAUGCCUCAAUCUCUUUCACUGCCUUAAUGAGCUGCAGGACCACUCCCUUGUGGAGGAGAUUCAGAGCUUCCUCCGCCUGGGCAGUCUGGACAAAGUCAAACUUUCACCUGCACAGUGGUCUACUCUGGUCUUUGUAUUAUUGACUUCAGAAGAAGACCUGAGUGUGUUUGAGCUGAGCAAGUAUGCCAGGUCUGAGGAAGGACUUCUGAGGCUGCUUCCUGUAGUGAAAACAGCCCAAGUGGUGAAAUUAAAUGCAUGUCAUCUCACUGUGAACUGCUGUGAAGCCCUGGCAAAUGGCAUCAGCACAUCCCAAAUUAAAGAGCUGGACUUGAGCAACAACAACCUGACAGACUCAGGAAUAGAGCGCCUCUCUGGUGGUGGUGGACUGAGCAGCAAACUGGAGACACUAAGACUAAAUGCAUGUCAUCUCACUGUGAACUGCUGUGAAGCCCUGGCAGAUGGCAUCAGCACAUCCCAAAUUAGAGAGCUGGACUUGAGUAACAACAACCUGACAGACUCAGGAGUAGAGCGCCUCUCUGGUGGUGGUGGACUGAGCAGCAAACUGGAGACACUAAGACUGAGGAGCUGCAACCUUACAGAAGAAGGCUGUAAGGUCCUGGCCUCAUUCAUCAGCUCAGAAUCCUGCCAGCUGAAAGUACUGGACCUCACUGACAAUGACUUUCACGAUGACGGAGUCAGAACGCUUUGUGGUGGACUGAAGAGCACCCACUGCAAACUGGAAAUACUCCUUUUGGCCCUGUGCAGAGUGACAGAGGAAGGCUGCAAAUCCCUGGCAUCUGUUUUGAGCUCAUCUUCUCUGAGGGAACUCGACCUGAGCUACAACCACCCAGGAAAUUUAGGCCUGCAGCGGCUGUCUGCUCUGAGAGAUGACCCACAAUGCAACCUGCAGAAACUCAGAGUGGAAGAGUGUGGUGAAUCCAGGAUUCAGCCAGGGCCUAAGAAAUAUAUCAUCAAACUCAUCCUGGACCCAAACACAGCACACAAAGACCUUUCUCUGUCUGAGGGAGACACAAAAGCAACGCGUGGGACCGCGCAGCCAUAUUCCAAUCACCCAGAAAGGUUUGAUUUCUGGACACAGGUGUUGUGUAGCGAGGCACUGACUGGGCGCCACUACUGGGAGACAGAAUGGUGCGGGAAAACGGUCAUAGGGGUAGCCUACAAAGGGAUGAGCAGGAAGGGAGAGGGUAACGAAUGCUGGUUAGGCCGAAAUGACUCUUCCUGGGGCCUGAACUGCACUGAAGACGGCUACAGCGCCGUGCACAAAGCUGUGAACAUUCCUGUGACCAUUCCUGUGACCACACAACGCAGCUCCAGGAAAGUAGGAGUCUUCCUGGACUGGUUAGCAGGGACACUGUCAUUCUACCAGGAGUCCCCUGGCCCACUGACCCCUCUCCACACCUUCAACACCACCUUCACUGAGCCUGUCUACCCAGCAUUUCAUCUCGGCUGGGUGGACUCCACAAUCCAGCUGUGCUAAAUAUUUACCAGGACAUAGUGAACAGCUUCAUAUUCGUCCUGUAACCUAACGUUGUACUGUCUUUCCUCCUGCUCUUGAGCCAUAAAAUGACAAGGGUCAGCUCACCCAAACAAAAACACACUUCACCUCUAGCAGUACUGAGCCAUGAUAUCAUUUUGGGUUUAUUUGCACAGGUUUUGUGAUAUGUCUCUAAGAUUUUUACUAUGUCUUACUGUUUCUAAUGUCAAUUUCAGUAUUUUAUAAAUGUCCCCUUCACUGGGUCAAAAUCCAUUAUUUCCCUCUGCAUAAGGAACAGAACACACUGUCCGCUGUUUUCAGCAAAGGAUCUUUCUUCAGCCGAAAGUAUUUUCAAUGAGAACAGUUCACAGAGGGGACUGUGCAAUAAAUAGUGAUUUUUUUCAAUGCUGUGAACACAUCAAACAAAACUCCAUUCACCUCUAUUGCAACUGUGUGGAUUCAGAUGUCGAGAAGAAAUAUGGGAUCUGAUGCAAAUGCAGAUACUGAUGAGAAGCCGAGAAAAGUGUUUUGUUCUGAAAAAAAAAAAAAACGAUAUAAUGUGAAGAGGAUGUAUUUUGAUGAAAUAUAAAAUACAUGUAUUUAUACAUCUAUAAUUUUUAAUAAAACCUUUCUUCAAUGAAGACAGAAAACCA